GCUUAAUGUUGUCUUUGUCUUUAGCCUCUUUUGCAUUGAAUUCGUUUCGUUGCUAUCCUCGAUUAUCUCCUCUCUCUCUCUCUCUCUCUCUCUCUCUCUCUCUCUCUCUCUCUCUCUCUCUCUCCUCCAAUAACAUAUGCUAGUAGUAUUUUGGAACCGACUGGAUCGAUCUUCCUCCUCCUCCUCUUUACUGCAGCAGCUUACUAGCUAGCUAGCUCAUAUUUAAUCAAAUCCCUACUUUCCAACUCCUCUUUGUUUGUAUGCCAAUCAAUUCUAUUGAUUAUGGUGCCCUACUUCAUGAAUCUCUAUAAAGAGGUGCCAAAGUACUUUAAUGGAGGACGAUUAUUCUGCAACUUCUCUCACCUUUGAUCGGCAGCAGCAGCACCUCCUCUUUGCAGCUGAUCAUCAUCCUCUCCUCCUCGCUAUGGCUUCCAACAAAGAGGUUCUGCUGCAAGAGGGCAAUCAGGCUACUGACCACCACCAUCAGAUUAAUCAGAUUUCCUUCGAGAUGAUGCAGCAGCCAUCUUCGUCGUCCUCGGGGCCCAUUAAUGGAGGAGGCUUUAAUAUUGGCAAGGAUGCUGUGCCCUACGAUUUGGGGGAAUUGGAUCAAGCACUUUUUUUGUAUCUGGACGGACAAGAUCAAUCGAUCGAUCAAGAACAAAGCAAGAAUUCAGGAAUGAGGCCACACACUCUAAAUAUUUUCCCUUCACAGCCAAUGCAUGUAGAGCCAUCAGCAGCAACAUCAAAGCCAAGUGAUGGAUUAGUUUCUAUCUCAAUGAGUGGCUCCAAGAGAUCAUCUGAGCCGUCCAUUGAGCUAUCUAACCCUAGAAAGGAUGUUGCUUCUUCAUCUGGACUGCCCAAAGCAGUUAAGCGUGAGGGAAACCGCAAAGGGCCUACCUCAAGCUCAGAGCAAGAAAGACCAAAAACACCCGAUCCCAAGACUCUGAGAAGGCUUGCACAGAAUAGAGAAGCAGCUAGAAAGAGCAGGCUUAGGAAAAAGGCUUAUGUCCAGCAGCUAGAAUCAAGCAGGGUGAGACUUGCCCAAUUGGAGCAAGAAAUACAAAGGGCAAAAUCUCAAGGGUUGUUUGUAGGAGGAAAUGCUGGUUUAGCAGGAGACCAACCCACCCUUCCUGUCGCCAACAUCAUGAAUUCAGAUGCGGCGGCGUUUGACAUGGAGUACGGGCGGUGGCUGGAGGAGCACCACCGGCUGAUGGUACAGCUGAGAAAUGCGGUGCAGGAGCACAUGGCGGAGAACGAGCUCCGCAUGGCGGUGGAGAACUGCUUGGCACACUUCGAUCAGGUCAUCCACCUCAAGAGCAUCAUCGCCAGAUCUGAUGUUUUCCACCUCUUCUCCGGCAUGUGGAAGACUCCCGCCGAGCGCUGCUUCAUGUGGAUCGGCGGUUUCCGCCCCUCCGAACUCAUCAAGGUGAUCCUGAACCAAAUGGAGCCAGUGACGGAGCAGCAGCUGGUGGGCAUCUGCAGCCUGCAGCAGUCGGCGCACGAGGCCGAAGAGGCCCUCUCGCGAGGCCUCGACGCCCUCAACGCCUCGCUGUCGGAGACCAUAGCCUCCGACUCGCUCACCAUCCCCCCCAACAUGAAUUCUUACAUGUCCCAGAUGGCUCUUGCUGUCAACAAGCUCAACACUCUCGAGGGCUUCCUCAGACAGGCUGAUAAUCUCCGGCAACAAAGCCUCCACCGGCUGCACCAAAUCCUGACCAGCCGGCAGGCUGCCCGGUGCUUCCUAGCCAUCGCCGAGUACUUCCACCGCCUUCGUGCCCUCAGCUCGCUUUGGCUAUCUCGCCCCCGCCAACAAUAAAUUAAUUAAUUACACAACCAAACCCCAAAUUAUAUACUUAUAUAAA